CGUUGUGAAACAAGCAGCGGUUGUCGCGGGAUUAACUUCGACCCAAACGCUUCCACAUACAAAUGUUACCUGUUUGAUGACAUGGCAGGUGUUAAGCAGUCGGGACCUGGAAUGCUUUUGUCUUUCUGUAACAAAAACUGUCAGUGGAUACCGUACGAGAAUAGUCAGAAAUACGGAGGCAAUGUUAGGACAGAUGCACUAACUCUAGAUUCCUGCAAGCAAUUUUGCCUAUAUGAAAACGCAUGCAAUGCCAUUGAAUGGAUCCCAGCAAAUCUAGCUGGGAAUCAGUGUUACACUUUUACAGGCACGGACGCUCCUGAAAAUCCCAACGCUUAUGGGAUUACUCAUUAUGUAUGCACUUCAACAGAUUCGUGGUCGAAAACUGAAAACAAAAACGUGCCGGGCGGACUCUUACAAUCAAAUGCAAAAACUCUUGACGACUGCAAAUCAACAUGCAUACAAAAUGUUCGAGGUUGCAGCGCCAUUGACUGGGUGUCCGGCACCAAGGAGUGUUACACGUUCACCAAUGUUGCCUCGGCCAGGAUACCGCAAACUGCGAUAGGAGUCGACCACUAUGAAUACAAACCUGUGUACACAAGACCGCCAGGCCCAGAUGUUGGAAAAUGCGCGUGGCAAUUAGCAAAGAAUAGCCAAGCGUAUGGUGGGAAACUUCAAAUUUACAAAACGUUCAACGAAUGCUACGACACGUGCAAUUUAUUAACAAAUUGCAAUGCUUUCGAUUGGAACUACGAAGGUUCAUGUUGGUUUUUCGAAACCAGCGUACUUCCAUCGGUUUCGGGCCAACAAAAUAUCGAUCAUUAUACAUGGAUCUCUUUAUGCUCAUGGACCAGUUACGUGGGUCUGUUCAGUUACGGAGGUACAGGGCAGAUCAACCCCCAAACCUUGGAACAGUGUCAGUCUUGGUGCUUGUCACAGCCCACUUGCAUGGCGAUUGAGUGGGCCCAGUUCAACUCAGCCUCUCCAAAAUGUUUUACCUUUAGCACUGCAGCCGAGCCAACAGUUUAUGGCACUAAUAUAAAUCAUUAUAUUAAGAACUGCGCAGGAUCUGGGUGUACAUGGAAGCCCUACAUGGGCAAACAAACAUUUGGUGGCGCCUUACAACCAUCUGUGGUUGGUGAAGCGGCGUGCAAGUCUUUCUGUGCCAGCCAACUUACCUGCAAAGCAGUUGAAAUCGACAACACGACCUCUGCCUGCUAUACCUUCACUAAUACAGAUCCUCCAAUCUACGCUAGCAAAUAUGUCAACCAUUAUGUCCUGCAGGGCUGUAGUCCAGACAACUUAUGCAAGUGGACCCCGUAUUACGGCUACCAGGCUUAUGGGGGAGCAGGGCUGACCGCGCCCACUUCUUUGCAAGAAUGCAAAUCAGCGUGUGAGGCCAAUUUUAGUAGCUGUAAAGCCAUUGAAUGGGCCCCUGGCAACAAUGGGCCCAGGUGUUUCACCUUUGAGAAGAACGAUGUGCCGAGUCGGAAGGACGUCGCUGGAGUUGAUCAUUACAUCUGUGAUCCAGUCGUGUCAAAUUACGUGACGAAUGGUGCUACAAGUUCCUACAUUCCAGCUUGCAGAAACAACACAGUGAUGAAAAACAGCAAUACCAUUGGUGGAAUCCUACACCCAGAGGCUAACACGGUCGAAGAAUGUAGAAAUGUAUGCCUAAAGAUUGACAACUGCAAGCUUGGGUUUGAUUUUAACAACGUGGCAAAUUUUGGCUCGCGCUGUUACGUUUCAAAAAGUAACCUGCUGAAUAAUGGAAACAUCAAUGGUGUAGACCACUACUUUUGUAACAACUCGUAACUUUCCUGUCAUUCUUUGUAACAAAAUUUGCACCAGACUAUAUUUUUUCAAGUUUUUUCUCUCUCUCUCCAAUUAUUAACCUAGAGCGAGUUUUAUUUUCAUUUUUAUUAUAAUGCGUGGUUUUAUUUGAUUCACUUUUGAAGAUUUCUGACGUACAAACACACACACACACACACACACACACACACAGACACUCACACCACUCACAGACACACAUACACACACACACCCACACCCAGCGUUAUGUCCUAAUGUAUCUAUACUCUACCGUCGCAUUCGAAAUAACACUAACUAAUACUUAGUGGAACGAGUAGCUAUAACAAACGUAUCAAUUUAUAAAACUCACACACACACACACAGACAGACACACGCGAGCACACACACGCACACACACACAUUAUUUCAGAUGUGAUAAACGCUACGGGGAUAUUUGUUUUGAAAAACAAGAAGAAAAUUAAUAAAAAUGAAAAAAAAAA